AAAAAAGAGACAGGGACUAAAUUAUAGUUUACCCAACAAAAUAAACAUGCAACUAAAUAAAUUAACUUGAUGGGACAUUCGAAGAAAUAUAGAGAUAGUAGUGGUAGGAGUGCUUGGUCUCUCGUAACUACUAUCUAUAUCCUACAUACAGUAGUUGUGUAGUAGUGAGUGUUUUGAAUGUCAGUUUCUCUUCUUGUCAGAAGAAGAAGAAGAAGAAAGAAACAGUAGCAAGAUUUUGGCGACUGCCUUGUUGGGAAGAUGAAGAAGAGAUACAGAAAUGGGGAAAUAUGGGAUUUCGAACAUGAAAUUGGGGAGUUGGGUAACAGGGAGGUGAUCUUAGGAUUGGACGGUGGAACUACGUCUACCGUUUGCAUUUGCAUGCCAAUUUUUCCCUUUUCUGAUCCUUUUCCCGACCCUCUUCCCGUUCUCGCUCGAGCCGUCGCCGGUUGUUCCAAUCACAACAGCGUUGGCGAAACUGCUGCUAGAGAGACGCUGGAGCAAGUUAUGGCUGAUGCUCUUUUAAAGUCGGGUUCUAAUCGCUCUGCAGUUCGAGCUGUUUGUCUAUCUGUUUCCGGCGUUAAUCAUUCAACUGAUGAGCUAAGAGUUUUAAAUUGGCUAAGGGAAAUAUUCCCUACUCAUGUGAAGCUGUAUGUUCAGAAUGAUGCUGUUGCAGCUUUGUCUAGUGGCACAAUGGGAAAGCUCCAUGGGUGUGUUUUGAUUGCUGGGACAGGAACUAUUGCUUUUGGAUUCACAGAAGAUGGUAGACAGGCUCGGGCUGCUGGUGCAGGGCCGGUCCUUGGUGAUUGGGGAAGUGGUUAUGGAAUAGCUGCCCAGGCAUUAACAGCAAUAGUAAGGGCUUAUGAUGGUCGUGGUCCUGUAACAAUUCUUUCAUCUAAUAUUUUGCAGACACUUGGUCUUUCUUCCCCUGAUGAACUUAUUGGGUGGACUUAUGCAGAUCCAUCUUGGGCUCGUAUUGCAGCUCUUGUUCCUGUCGUUGUGUCUUGUGCAGAGGCAGGAGACCGAGUUGCUCAUGAGAUCUUGCAAGAUUCAGUUGAGGAGUUGGCUUUGAGCGUAAAAGCUGUUGUUCAAAGACUCGGCUUGUGUGGUGAAGAUGGAAAAGCUUCUUUUCCCCUUGUCAUGGUUGGCGGUGUUCUAGAAGCAAAUAAGAGGUGGGAUAUAGGAAAAGAAGUUGUAAACCACAUUUCUAAAAGCUACCCUGGGGUUCUUCCAAUUCACCCAAAGGUUGAGCCUGCAGUCGGAGCAGCAUUGUUAGGAUGGAAUUUCUUAAUGACAGAAUCUCAGAAGGAGGCCUACAAAAGAUGACUUAUAAUGUCCAGAAGAUGACUUAUAAUGUACAGUUGCAAGGCCUUGAUUUGGUUGAGCAUAUUUGCUGGAUACUGUGGUAGUGCAGGAUAAUUUUUCUGCAAUAAUUUUUGUUGUCUUUUCCAUUGUUUGUAAUGGCUUCUUGUGUAAAAGUAGUUGCAUUUGAAAGACGACAUGGAAAUUGGAAAUAGAAUGAAAGCUUUCUUGGUGUGCGAUUUUUCCUGGAA